GCAGGCGUCUGCUAUGACAGUCGAGCCAGCGGCGUCCGACGCGACGAACAGCAGACGGCACGAUGUCUUCAUCCUCGCAGGCUUGGCUGGACGAAACAGCUGUAGAGAAUUUUCGCGAAUAUUUACGGAUACCCUCCGUCCAACCGGACAUCAAUUACGAUGAUUGUGUUGCAUUCCUCCGAAAACAGGCAGAGUCUCUGGAGCUGCCUCUUAAAAUAUUUUCUAUAGAAGCUAAUAAACCAAUUGUGGUCAUUACAUGGCUAGGAACAGAGCCAAAAGAGCCAUCUAUUUUAUUAAAUAGCCACAUGGAUGUUGUACCUGUUUUUGAAGAUAAAUGGACUUAUCCGCCAUUUAGUGCCCAUUUAGAUGCGGAAGGAAACAUUUAUGCUCGUGGCAGUCAGGACAUGAAAUGUGUUGGAAUUCAAUAUCUGGAAGCAAUUCGCCGUUUAAAACUUGCUAAACAACACUUUAAAAGAACAAUUCAUAUCUCUUUUGUACCUGAUGAAGAAAUAGGAGGAUUUCUUGGCAUGAAAGACUUUGUACCUACUAAAAACUUUGAAAGUUUAAAUAUUGGUUUUGCUCUGGAUGAAGGUGUAGCUUCGCCCGAGGAAUUUUUUUACAUGUUCUACGGUGAAAGAGCAAUUUGGCAUAUUGAAGUAGAGUGCCAAGGCACUCCUGGCCAUGGAUCGCUUUUGCAUGAUAGUACGGCUGGUGAAAAGAUAAGAGUCAUAAUUGAUCGUUUCAUGGACUUUAGAGCUAAGGAGAAAGAAAAAUUGAAAGAUUCGGAAAAGCAGCUUGGCGAUGUUACAACCAUAAACUUAACGCAACUAAAGGGUGGCGUACAAACAAACGUAGUGCCUACUUCGUUGUCGGCAAUAUUCGAUAUUCGAAUUGAUCCUUCUAUUGAUCAUACCGAGUUUGAAAAUAUGAUCAAGAAAUGGUGCGAAGAAGCUGGAGCCGAUGUUACGUAUUCGUUCGAGCAAAAAGAUCCUAAAAUCGAAAACACAAAAUUAGACAAUUCCAAUCCUUUUUGGCUUGCUUUUAAAAAAGCUUGUGACGAUCUUGAAAUAAAAUUGCAAAUAGGUAUUUUUCCGGGUGGAACAGAUAGUCGAUAUAUAAGACAGGCUGGAAUUCCUUCCAUUGGUUUUUCACCUAUGAACAAAACGAAAAUUCUUCUUCACGAUCAUGAUGAAUAUCUAAACAAGGAUAUAUUCUUAAAGGGCAUUGAAAUAUAUAUGAAAAUAAUACCAGCAAUAGCAAAUGCCUAAGGCAUUGAUAUCAAGCCCUUGAAACGACAUGCAUUUGUUGAAGUUUGUACAUUUA